GAUCUCUCGUCUAUUGGAGAUCGAGUUUGAAGACAUCGAUCUUCCCGCGGCCGAGGCGGAUGUGUCAGGUUCGCAAGAGCGCCUUGCAGCGCUAAAGAACCCACUCUCCGACGCCGCCCAAGCAGAGGCCGCCUAUGCCUCAGCGAAAUCUGAACUAGCUACCGCGCGAAACUGCUCAAGCGAAACGGAGAAGGAGAUCGCCAUACUUGACCAACAACGCCAAACAGCCGACGGGGAGCUCAUCAGGGCGGAGCGCCGCAUGGGGCCGGGUCUGUCGGAGGAAGACACGGCCUUCGUCGCCAAGCAGGUGUCGCCUACCGACAAUCUUUCGCUGACGCAACUGGCGGACGUUGAACAGGAUACUCGCGAAGCCUACGAGUCGAAAGAGAACCUAGUGAGACAGCGUAUCGGCGGCAUUGAGAAGCAUCUCAUCCAACUGCUGGUAAAGGCCCGCCACCUGGACACGGGCGCACUAGCCGAAGUAGGGGCCGACAUCGCAGAUGUUCCUUAUUUCCUCGAACGCUUGCGUGUGCUUACCGACGAAGCCUUGCCCGAGAAGCGCAGUCGCUUCCUCGAGUACCUCAAUCGCUCGUCCGAUCAGGGCGUUACGCAGCUCUUAGCGGGAAUUGCCGAAGAGGUCAGCGCUAUCGAAACCCGCAUCGGUGAACUGAACCACACCCUUGCGCGGGUCGACUUCAAGCAAGGACGCUACCUGCAACUGCAGGCGCAGCGAAUUAAACACGAGCGUCUGCGAGCGCUGGAGGCAGCGAUCCGCAAAGUGCGUAGCGCCGCACUUAGAGACGACGACGGCGAGGGCCAUUUCAAGGCAUUGAAGGAGCUCGUCGAGAUCCUGCGCGAGGCGGGCAGCAACCCCCGGAAGCAGGCGUCCAGUGCGUUGCUCGACCCUCGGUAUCGAUUGCAGUUCUUUGUCGUCGAAGUGGAUCGGCAGACCGGCAGCGAGUCCGCGCCCCGGACGGGAUCGCAGAGCGGCAGUGGCGGCGAGAAGGAGCUAAUGGCCAGCCAUAUUCUGACCGCGUCACUCAGCUACGCGCUCUGCCCUGCCGGGGCCAGUCGCCCCUUGUACGGCACCGUCAUCCUCGACGAAGCGUUCUCCAAAAGUUCGCCUUCGGCCGCUAGUCGUAUCAUCGAGGCGUUGAGAAUCUUCUCGCUCCAUCCUAUCUUCGUCACGCCCAAUAAAGAGAUUGGGCUUCUGAAGCAACACACGCGCCGAAGCCGGCUUGGCUUCGAUAUCCUGGGAACGACUGGAGGAGCUCUCCCGCCAGCAAUGAAAUCGCCCGCCGAACUAAAGCUCAAACUCCGACGUCAGUGGGAAAAGCCGACGCUGAGAGAGGAACGCCUGCUCGCGGCCGACUUGGCGUGGCCGGUUGACGUGUCGAUUGGGCGCCCUUCGCCAAAGGUUCUCAGCGCCGACCUGGACACCGUCAAGCGGCAUAUCACCGCGUGGAGGCAAGUGAAGUGUGGUGAGGUGCUGUGGGAACCAGUUCGCUAUCGCGCAGCGCAUGCGGCCGUUGACAUGCCCGUGACUUGGCGGCUGCGAAGGCCGAGCGAUUGGGUAGAGGCUUGCGGCGACGCCGCCUUGAAGCAGGAAUUCGGGUGCCUAACUAAGCUUGCGGAAACAACGAACCCGGUCUUUCAUCCGCUGCUUGUCCGGCGGCGUUCCUUGUGGCGGGGCAAACCACUCGACGAAGUCAUCCAGGCGACGCGGUUGGCCCUGGCGCUGGAGCCCGGCUUCGCGGACGGAAGGCCGUUAAGGGCGGUUUCAAUCGAAGGGAUCGAUACGAAGUUUUUUGAACGCCAUGCCGGUCUCAUCACGACCCUGCUGGAUGUGCGGUUUGAUGGCGAAGCAGGAAAGAUUGGGCUCGAGGCGUUUGUCGGCGCCCUAGCGGAAGGGGACCACUGGCUGCUCGUCAUGGAUCUCGACGGAGGCCUGCUUCCCUUUCGCAAGCUGCGAGUUCGCAGUUCUGAGCUUCGUGAACGGAUGCUUCCUGGUUGGGGGCUGUUGAUCAUCGAGAACGAGAGUUGCCAACACAUCCUGACAUCGAUCCCUGGGACGAUUGCAGUAAUGGGCGCGGGGUUUGAUCUCGGCUGGACGUCAGCGCCUUGGAUCGCGACGAAAAGAGUGGCGUAUUGGGGCGACAUCGAUACUUGGGGACUUCAGUACCUAGCCAAAGCAAGGGAGGCAAUUGGCGAGAUGGAGACGCUAUUGAUGUCGUCAGAAAUCUACACACGUUUCCAAGACUCGGCGGUGCCAGAGCGCGUCAGUGCUGGAUUCGAGCCGCCGCAAUGUCUGAGCAACGCCGAACGAGCCCUCUACCUUCGGCUUCUCGACGAACCGAGAGGACGUCUUGAGCAAGAGUUUCUUCCCCAGGCGACGGUAAGAGAAGCGAUCCUGAAGUGGGCGGCAGGAACAGCUUAG